AUGCUCCACUUGGAAAGGUGGGCGCAGCACAUCAAGAACCUAAAAGACCAGCAGAUGACCAACAAGAUCAGCAACUGCAUCAACAUUCUAGAGGCCAAGGACGUCUUAUGCGGAGGACGAGAUGACGCCCAGAUCCGGAGUUUGCUGAAGAAUCUGUUGAGGGCCUUCGAGAUGCUGACGAACCGUCUUCUUCCGAGGAGGAAACCUUGCUGCAGGUCUUCACUCAGCUCGACGGUAUGA